AUGAUACUCAAAUCCGAGGGUGCAAGCGCGAGAGGUCACCAUCGCCUUGUUCCCGUCCAGGCUGUACGAAGAGGUCUGAGUACGGAGACAACUUUGGUGUAUGCAGUGCUUGUCAUAUACGAUACUGCGACAAGACUUGCCAGAGGAAAGAUUGGAGAGAUCACCAGUACGCUCACUCUCUUGUCUUGGACUAUCCUAGUAUCUCUGCAAAAAGUGUGCGCGACUCUCAGACCCCUUCGUCGGCCAACGACACCACGGCAGCCCAACUCCGACACAAAAGGAUCAUCUACUCGUGAAUCCCAACCUCUCCGAGCAACUCCGGAGCAUCAGACCCAUGAACCUGUCGGGGCCACUCGACUUCGAAACCUUCCUCGCUCCCGUCGUGCUCGCCUGCGUAUCGAACUUCAAGACCUUCAGGAUCGCACCCUCGCUGAGCUUGAGGUCCCUCCUCGACCUCUCCCAGAUGACAUCGUCUCCAUGAUACCAUCUUCCACCGAACUCUCAUCUGCCACUUCCGUCAUGCCUAGCAUCUCCUCCACUGGCAGUCCUCAAGCAUCGCACAUAUCCACUCACGACGCUAGCACGAACGUCCCAAAACCUACCCUCAGCCCCGCUCAAGCCACGCUCCUCACAACCUUCGUAUCCGAGCACCAAUACUCAUUCCAAACCGCUCUCUUUCUCGGCAUAUGCUGUCAAGGUGGCGAAUCGUCCUUCGACUACGAUUCGACAUUUUUCUGUUUUGAUCUUUGUAUGAGAUUGGGAGGUGCUAGUGACUUAUCACACAGGCACGAAGGAGUUGGGGAAGAAUCAGGAGUGGGGGAUCAUCAGUCGACAGCAUUCCGGUUGGCGAAGGGCGCUGUCCGUCGGGUCACCAACCCCGAGGUCACUGGCGAGGAGUCUACGCUCGCUGCUGAUGAGUUCCAUGCGUUAUCUGUGCGGAAGCCACUAUACGAUGCUCUCAAAGCGAGUAUCAAAACGCAGACAGGCGUUGAUUAUCUCCAGUUCGUUCUUGUUCUCUUUAGGCUCGACGAACAAGUCUUUGCGUGGUUUCCGUUUCCGAGGUUUAGAGGCGUCGAUCCUUAUAUGUUGAUGAACCCGAAUCGUACUCCUUCAUCUUCGCCUACGUCUUCUUACUUUCCGAUGUGUUAUCCUGACGUUGACCGGAAUGUGUGUAGCGCUUCCGCUGGGGACAAUCGGAAAGGUUUACCAUACCUAGAGGAGCUCCAGGCGUACUACGCACAAGGCAUAUGGGAUACAGGACUGAAAACGUUUAUAGACUCAGGGUGGGUCCUCCGUGCUGUCCGUGACGAUGACGAUAUUUCUCCGUCUUUACCUUCGUCUUUGUAUCAUGUGCUCGGUUCGAGUAGGGUGAAGUCGGAGACUUUGUUCUUAGGGAAGAUGAAGCUGGUACGUGGGGCUGCGGCUGAGGAGAAGAAGGAUGGUGAUGACGGAGGAGGAGGAGGAGGCAAUAGUGGGGGAGAAAGCAGUGGUGGUGGCAGUGGAACAGGAAGGAUGCGGAAGGAGUGGGUAUGGGAGAGAUUGUCGUUUCCUGAGUUGUUGAAGGGUGGUGUACCGGACUGCUGGGCAAGAGAUUGGAUGAUACACGGAGUGCAAAAAGUGUAG